AUGUUGUGCAUUCAACUGCUUGACGAAGUGUUUGUGGUCGACUUCCAUCGCUCGCGAAGUCUAUAUGCGAGUCUACAGAUCAGGAAGAAGACUUGCGAUACAGAUUCCUUCGCAAAAUAUACCAAAGAAGCUGCAGAGAAAACUUCUCCGGUUUUAACGCCGCUGAAGAAGUUGCUCUUUCUGAAUGUGCCACCCGAAGCACUGGCAAUUUCAGCCAGAAAAGUGUCUGAGAAGGAAUUUGCGUCAUCAACCGCAACAGGACCGCAAGAACGAGUGAACAUUAAAAGCAAGCAGAUGUUCGUCUUCUCGAAGCAUCCAGUGGGAAUUUUUGCGGACAUACAACCGAUCGAACUGGUCGAUGAGUUCUGUUGCUUGGGCUGUAUGCUGUAUGUAGGAACAAUGGCAGCUACAAAAAAGGUAUUCAGCACGGAUGCGCCAAGGCCACUUCUGCAUUCAUCUCCUUAA